AUGUCCACUGCAGCUGAAACCUCUUUUGCCGAACUUAAGGCAAUCACUAGGCAGAUUGUUGACAUUGUCCACGCGGCUCGGCUCCUCCCACCUGGCAACAGCCACUUGGCUCUGAAAGCACAAGUCACUGAACUGGUGGCUAAGGCCGUCUGGGACCAUGAGGCUUCACCUUGCAUUCCGGGCAUAGUCUUGUCCUGCUCCAAGGAGUUACUUCGCGUUUGGCAGUUGUCCCCCCAGGAUUUGCCCAACUGGCACAGCAUCGGCCAUAAUGAUCUUCGCCUCCAGAGGCACAGCUGGCGCCACAAGGUCUCCGCAUGGGAGGCUUUAGGCGACCGGACAUUCGAUCUUCCGGUCGAUGCCCCCAAAUCCCCUGACACUGUCACGGUCGACCUUCCCUCCCCACCUGCCGUUGCUGGCAGCAUUGCUGGCCCAUCGUCUGGCACUAUCAAUGAGUCCCGGGAGAAGCAUAAGGAUAAGGGUAAGGGUAAGGUGUUAGAUGCUGACACGGAGCCUGAGGCGGACAGGAGUAGGAAGAGGAAAUCGCCCCUGAUUUCGGGACCCUCCUCCCAACCGCCGAAAUCUGCGAUGAAGAGUCGCAAGAGGGCAAAGUCAGCUCGGGUUGUGAAGUCAGCCGAGUUUGUGGAGUCCAAGGACGAACCUGUGGACAAGCCGGCUGCCCAAGAAGGGCCGGUCGUCUUAGUUCAUCGUCUCACCUCAGUCUCGCCCCGGAUCCCCAAGAAGAGACCUUUCAGCCCUGCGAAGGUAAUUGCCAGAAGGUGUGCGGACGUCGCCGGGCAGACCGACUCGACGUCCAACACCCCCGUGGUCACCCCGGUGGUGGCACCAACUGUCAUCAAUGGCCCUGCUGGAAGCCCUCUGGAGGUCGUCGAGCACUCGGACUCGGCGUCCAAUACCCCUGUGGUCACCCCGGACGUGGCACCAACUGUCAUCGAUCCAGAUGACAUUCUCAUUCCCGGACCGAACAACCCAUGCUGGGCUUGCAACAAUGUGGAGUUGCCCUGCACGACCCGGUUCAACAAGAGGACUGGGAAAGGCCUUCUCUCCUGUGUUUUCUGCAACACAAAGAAGGUAAAGUGUUUUUCCGUCACCCUCGGAAGUCCACCAAAACGGUCGCAGGCUGGAGCUACUGGCGCCAGUGCUGCCAGAACUGCCAGUGGGUCUGCUGUGACCGUGCCUAAGACGCGCAGUCGCAGCAAGACAAUAACUGCUGUCAAGGCACCCGCCCCACCACCUACACCCUCACCUGCACCAGCUCCAAUUGCAUCUUCGAGUGCCCAUGUGCCUUGUGCGGCUCUCGACGUCCCUAUGCCGGACCUCCAUUCCAUGGCAAGAAGUAUUCGCGAUAGUGCCGAAUGCAUCAAGGCUCUCGAGGAUCUUGUUGCCGAGCAGGGCAGCCAUAUUGAUACCCUCAGCAGGCUCCAUGAGAGCCUUCGACACCAAACCAUGGAACCCCAUCCCUCAUUUCCCCUUCCCACCACUCCAGCAAUUGCAACGUCUUUGUUGCUUGAUCAAUCUGUCGCUGGAACAAUGUCACCCUCCCAAUCCGCACUCCCUCCUCUCAUCGAUAUUUCAAUUGCAGUGGAGCCCACACCCUCGAAAAUUGAGGAUCCCUCUGCUAUCGAGGGUCUUUCAUUUGAGCCGAGCCAAGUUCAACCAGCCCCGGACCCAUCACCUACUCCCUCAACUGCCGGAGCAAUUUUGGUGCCGGAUGAUCCACGCAACCUUGUCCCGGAAUACGAUUCUGGUGAUGAGAUGGAUGUUGAGGUGAAGGUUGAAGUUGAAGGUGGUGAUGAGGGUCAUCUGGUCAAGGUUGAAGGUGAAGAUGAUGAUGAGGGUCAUCUGGGCGAGAAUGAAAUCGAGUUCCGGGUAACUAAUACUGACGUCCGGGUAACUAAUACUGACAUCUGGGUAACUCAUGCCGACGUCUGGGUAACUGAUAUCGACAUCCGGGUAACAUCCAUCAACGUCCGGGCAACUGGUAUCAAGUUCCGGGCAUCGAGCACCAAGUUCCGGGUAGCUAAUACCGACAUCUGGGUAACUGAUAUCAAGUUCCGGGGAUGUCUUAAAUUGGACAAAUGA